GUUGCCCCUAUUCGGAUGAGGCUCUGAUGCAAAACCUAACCUACCUAUGCGUAUGUAGUUGUAGGUGAAGUACGGUGUUAGCUACGUUGAUAAAUCCCGUGCUGGUACCUGACUUAUCUAGAUAACCUAACCCCUUACGUUAGUUGGUUCUUUCGCGUGGCCGGGAAUAAUCAAUGACUACGACGUCACAGAUCCCAGUUCCGUCACCGGGUGCCGCUACGCCCUUUUCGUAGGUAAUUACUAAGAGUAGACGGAUUGACCGAUGAGAGCCGUAGGUUUUAGUUAAUUAUUUAUGUAGGUAAGGUAUCGAGAUCUCGAUAUAUUUUUUUUUCGUGUGUGUAAGUAUGUACCUAUAUACCACUCCUUCAACAAGACAGUCAUUACCUAUUAUACAGGUUUACUUUAGUAGUGCAUGAAGUUCAAGUUGUAAGCAACCUUAGCUUUGGUCGUUUGAGACUUUUAGGUUCAACCCGUUUUCGCUUUAUAUUUUCACCCAUGACCCAGUUUUGCCUACCUAACCUAGGCCUUCUCAACAACACCAACACAUACCUCGGCUCGGGUUUCUUCAGCCAUCUAACUAGCCUUCGCCGAACACAUUAAUCUGCGAACAAUGGCACCGCAGCAGGAGAUUCCAGUUGCGGCCAAUGUUCUAGGUACAAUCGGCACCAUCCUCUGGUGUGUGCAGACGAUACCCCAGAUAUGGACCAACUGGCGAACCAAAAGCACCGAGGGUCUGCCCGGCUCCAUGAUGUAUCUCUGGGCUUUAUGCGGCGUACCGUUGGGGGCCUACAAUAUCGCGCAGCGAUUCAACUACCCCUUGCAAGUACAGCCGCAAUGUUUCAUGGCACUCUGUAUCGUCAACUGGUGCCAGAUCCUGUUGUACGGCAGUAGAUGGAAGCUCUGGCAGGUGAUACUCAUCGGGUUGGCGAAUGCCGCCGUCUUCGCCGGCGUUCAGGCGGCUUUGAUUCUCACGCUCCAGCCCCUGUACGACGCCGGCAACCCCACGGGAGUUCUGGUAGUUGGCAUAGUCGCCAAUGUAUUGCUAGCCUUGGGCCUCCUACCACCGUACGGUGAGAUAUGGAAGCGGAGGGGCAGGGUUAUUGGCAUCAACUUCAUCUUUCUCGCGAUGGACUUCUUUGGCGCAUUAUUCUCUCUCCUGUCACUAGCGGCUCAACAUACUUUUGACAUUCUGGGUGGUGUGAUAUAUAUCGUAUGCAUUAUCUUAGAAACCGGCAUAUUCCUCUCUCAUCUGAUAUGGAUGUUCCGCACGAGGAAGAUAAGAAAAGAAGCAGCAACAAGAGAGAAGACUUUCGACGAUAUAGCGGCAGAGCAUGAGGAGCGGGGUUUACCUUUUAAAUUCGCAGAGCGUAAGUCCUCGAAACAGAGGAAGGAUGCUGAGGCGGGUGAAGGUGGACAAGAACAAGACCCUUCUAGGGAUAUAGGUACCCAAUAAGGUCGCACCGGGGCCUAGCACAGAGCGUAUAUAACUCAACACUUCUGGGUUAAAAUUAGGGAGAGAUGAGGGUAUUGGAUUUUUUGUAUAACCCAUUGAUAGAUUAAAACGGAGCGCAAGCUACAGUGGUGAGAUAUCUUGUGGUCUAGUAAAUCAAAUGCAAACUUUCAUGCCUCAUUACCGUCAUUCCCCAUUAUUACCUCCGCUGCUAGUCAAUUGUUG